CCCGCUUCACCGGAUCGGAGAAAAUAUUCGAAUGUGCGGAAAGUUUUCCGGCGUGUAGUGCAUGUAGCAGCUGUUUGCGACCACUCUUACGCGAUUAUGCGCCUCGGACAUCUGGGAAAAAUCGGAGUCGGCUGGGCCAUCAUCAGUGUACUAGGAAUAUGCGCAUUCGUUGCAUCCAAGCAAUCCGUCGAUAAAAAUCGUUAUGAAAAUAUGAAAAUUCGAGAACGAAUGCGACAAUCAAACGUUGGCCAAUACGAAGUCAAGGAACCGCGACGAUUCGACGUAUAAAAGGCAUCAAAACAACCGGUAGUUAUAACCUCUCCGGGAAUAAUCAGGCCCACAUUGCUACUAAAGAACGGAAGCGAGUAGAUAUUAUCUCCAACGGAAGGAGAACGCAUUUGUACAGUUGAAGCACAGAUUGACAGAAAAU